ACAGGACGACUUGGGCCGAGCAUGAAAGGGAGAGGAGACAUCAUGAUCAACGGUCGGCGUGAGAAGCUUGCAUUUGGCACCUCCGCAUACGUGACCCAAGAGAGCGUGCUGAUGACGACGCUGACGGUGGCGGAGGCCGUGCGCUACUCGGCGCAGCUCCAGCUGCCGGACUCCAUGUCUCCUUCGGAGAAGCGGUCGCGCGCCGACGAUGCUAUCAAGCAGAUGGGGCUCGCCGUGGUAGCCGACACCCGGAUCGGCGGCCGCGUCAGCAAAGGCAUCAGCGGCGGCCAGCGGAAGCGGGUGAGCAUAUGCAUCGAGCUGCUGGCGUCGCCCUCGCUCCUCUUCCUCGACGAGCCGACAAGCGGGCUCGAUAGCGCCGCGUCCUACCAUGUCAUGAGCCGCAUAGCCCGGAUCGCCCAAAUGGGUGGGAUGACGGUCGUCGCCGCCAUCCACCAGCCGAGCACGGAGGUGUUCGAGCUCUUCCAUGGCCUCUGCCUGAUGGCCAACGGAAAGACGGUUUAUUUGGGUCUAGCAGCCAAAGCUAUAGAGUUCUUUGACUCUAAUGGAUUCCCAUGUCCAAUGAGGACGAAUCCCUCAGACCAUUUCUUAAGAAUGAUAAACACAGACUUUGAGGAAUCUGAGGAAGGAUCUAGUAUAAAUGUGACGCACGCUGCCAACGUAAUCCAAACUUUGAUGGCCUCAUCCAGCUCUCUUAGUAUAUUAAGUUUUGAAGUGGAAGUAAGCAGGAAUAUGCUUGAUCUGUCUAUAAUUCAGAAAAGACAAGCUACAUUCUUGACCAAAUCAGUUACGCUAACCAAAAGAUCGACGAUUAACAUGUACAGAGACCUAGGCUACUAUUGGUUACGCUUUGUUAUCAACAUCGGUCUCUUUCUAACCAUUGGGACCAUUUUCUUCGCUGUUGGUUAUAGCUAUGAAUCAAUACAAGCACGAGCAUCAAUGCUUAUGUUUACUUCUACCUUUGUGACAAUGAUGGCAAUUGGAAGUUUUCCGUCAUUUGUCGAGGAUAUGAAGAUAUUUCAGAAAGAAUGGCUUACUGGACACUAUGGGGCUACUGAAUUUGUAAUAGCCAACACACUUUCAUCAACUCUAUUCUUGGGCCUCAUAACCAUACUACCUGCUGCAAUAGCAUAUUACCUAACUGGUCUUCAAAGAAGAAUUGACCAUUUUUCCUUCUUUGCUGCAACUCUGUGGGCAUGCAGUAUAUUAGUCGAGGGUAUGAUGAUGAUUGUUGCAGCAAUCGUGCCUGAUUUUAUCCUAGGUGUAGUCACGGGUUCUGGAGUACAAGGUUUAUUGAUGCUAAAUGCUGGUUUCUUUAGGCUUCCAAGUGACCUUCCAAAACCAGUAUGGAAGUACCCAACUUAUUACAUCUCAUACCACAAAUACACAACUCAAGCAUUGUACAAAAAUGAAUUUUUGGGCUUGGUGUUUGAAGAUAUAGGUGGUGCUGGAGGGUUCAACAUUAGUGGUCAGCAUAUACUGAAGAAUGACUUAGAGGUGGAGAUGAACCACUCUAAAUGGGUUGAUCUUGCAAUAUUACUUGGAAUGAGUAUCCUCUACAGGUUUCUUUUCUUGAUUAUUAUAAAGGUUUCUGAAACUGCAAAGCCCGUGAUAAAACGGCUAAUAGUAAAAGUGUAA